GAGUGAGGAUUUGAGGCUGUCAAAACUUGUUGCUGCUCGAAUCACAACAUCAACCUGAGCAAAAGCUUUUAACGUGGACCAAAACGAUAUGAAGCAUUGCAAAGGAGUGGUGUCCGAAGCGGAAGGAGAGGUACUUGAUCCAGCCUUUCCAACCGACCUCGACUGGGUUGACGGGAGCGAGGAUUUGAGGCUGUCAAAACUUGUUGCUGCUCGUCUGGGCGAGACUGAAGAAUCACAGCAGAACGAGCACCAUAUGAUAACACCUUUUUUGACCCCUACCAAAAGGGCAGACAUGUACGCCUGAACCAACGGACUGCUCAAAGACUCUUGACAAGCCAGCAAAACAAGCGCAUGAUCAGUCGAAAUCAAGUGAUCCAUCCAUAAUGCCAACAAAAGAGUUGCUCAUGGAGGAUAGAAUUGACGCCAGCAAUCAUUCGGGUAUAGAAAACAGCUUUGGCACAAAUAAUGGAAUGCAAGAAAAUUCCAGUGAACAACAAGACAGCUUGCCGGGAGCGUAUGCGUUGGCUCCACCACGUGCGAACAGCCACGACUUGACUGGUGUAGGUCGAUUGCCACAGAGUGAGCAUCAAUCUGGUGUAUCGUCAUUGGAUAAUGAUCCCACAAUGGGGAGCAGUCACAACUCCAGUUUUGAUGGCGGCAUUCCAGUAGCGAAUAUUGUCAGCAACGAUCGUGACAACACCAUUCCCAAGGCCGCACCAGAAGACCUCGAAGCACAGAUGGGACACAGAAAGCAGAGAGAAAGAAAGUUUAUGAGGAUGGGAGCUCUGUCUCUUGUUUUCUUUAUGAUGGUUCUAGGACUUGUUCUCCUAAUCGUACUAUUCAUGCUAUCAAGAGGUCAAAAGACUGGCAUUGCAGGUCCUGUCCCUACAGUGUCCCCAUCAGCUACACCUUCAAUGCCCCCUUCUCAUUGGCGACAGGGUGAUAUUGCUCUUCAGUUAUUUCCUAACUACACAAAGGUGAUGCUGGAUGAGUUGGAGUCGGCCCAGUAUCGCGCCUACCAAUGGCUGCUUGAUGACAUUGAAAUGCAUGACUUCAUGCUUGCAGAUGAGCGAAUUCUUCAGCGUUUUGCCCUUGCCACAUUCUACAUGGCAACAAAUGGUGACAGCUGGUUAAGAAAUGAGAACUGGUUAAACCAUUCAGUCCAUAAAUGCUUCUGGCAUUCAAAUGACCACUUUCUGGAAUACGAUGACAAUUAUGAGUAUGUGCAAGUCAUUCACACCAAUCCUUGUGAGAUGGCACCCACAAACAACACAGAUGUGUCAGUUCUUCCAGACGAGACAGAAGACAUGUAUGUUCAUCUCUGGCUUGCCAACAAGAAGCUAGAAGGCACAAUUCCUCCUCAGGUAUUCUGGUUGACACACCUCAGGAGUAUUUCCUUCUACAACAAUGAUGGUCUUGGGGGCUCCAUUCCUUCCUUGAUUGGGCAACUAACCAACCUGAAAGCUAUCAACAUGGGGGGCACAGCAAUCUCAGGUGUUUUGCCCAGUGAGCUAGGCCUCUUGUCAGAUACAAUGAACAGUAUUGCAAUGGUAAAUGCUCAAUUGGAAGGAAAGCUCCCAUCAGAGCUUGGUCUCUUGCACAGGAUGCAUGAUCUCAUCGUAGAUCAAAAUUGGUUCACAGGAGUUGUGCCAGAAGAGUUAGGCAAUGCAUCUAGCUUGCAAUGGAUCAUUUUGUUUGAUAACUCAUUCACAGGGACCUUCCCUGUCUUCAUGGUGCAUCUACCUUUGCUGCAAGAGUUGUAUCUUGAGGGGAAUCAAUUUUCCGGAACCAUGCCAACUGAAAUUGGCUUGUUAAGUGAGAUCAAGAAGUUUUAUGUCUACGGAAACAGAUUCACUGGCACCAUUCCAACUCAGGUGGCUCAAAUGUCGUCUGCUAGCGAUCUUGACUUUGAUGACUGCUACUUUACUGGGAAUCUUCCAUCGGAGCUUGGUCUUCUCACGAAGAUGACAAACUUCUGGGCUGCUCAAAACUGUCUAACUGGAACCAUCAGCAGUGAAAUUGCACAGAACUUCAAUCUUUCAUACUUCAAUGUAUUUGAGAACCAUCUUCUGGAACAAUCCCUACUGAGUUUGGUCAGAUUGUCAACUUAGAGUCAUUGACUUUAUCAAACAACAACUUGUCCGGGUCACUUCCACAAGGGCUUAGCUCCAACAUCGACUGGUUGGAAGUCUACAACAACACUCUAUUGACUGGCCCUCUCCCUACAAGGCUUAUAAAUUUGAAUUGGGUAUGGCUGACCGGCACUCAGAUCUCUGGAGUAUUGCCAGACUACGUUUGUGAUAUUGAAACACUGGCGUUUGACUGCAGCUCAAUUCUCUGUGGUUGUGACUGCACUUGCAGCAACAAUACGAACAGCACAGCAGCUAACAUUCUUGC